AUGGCUGCCCCUGUACCUCUCGAUCGCCUGCCCCCAACGACGACUGCCUACGUGAUCGCAACAGCCAUCAUCGCAGGUGUCACCGGCUACUUCAUCGGCCAAGGCUCCUCGCUCAACCUCUUCAAAGAGAAGGAAGGCUGGCCAAACAGCUACAAUGUGAAGGUCCACAGCCACUCCUCCGACGAAGAGGAAGAAGAAUCCGAGGAAGGGAGUGACUCAGAAGACGAAGGCAAUGGCGAUGAACUCGCCAGCUUCAAGGACAGCACCGAGGAAGUGAAGCUUGUGCUAGUCGUCCGGAUGGACCUGGGCAUGACCAAGGGCAAAAUCGCCGCCCAAUGCUCCCACGCUACCCUCGCCUGCUACAAAUACUUCCUCGAAUUCGCGCCUGACUCGGCCAUCCUCCGGAGAUGGGAGCGCGGCGGCCAGGCCAAGAUCGCACUGCAGGUUAAGUCCGAGGAGGAGGUUCUCGUUAUGCAGGCUCAGGCUAUGAGCCUUGGACUUUGCGCGCGCGUUAUCCAGGAUGCGGGUCGCACUCAGAUUGCUAGCGGUAGCAAGACCGUGUUGGGAAUUCUAGGACCCAAAAGUGUUGUCGAUGGCGUGACGGGACACUUGAAGCUUCUAUAA